GUCGUUGCGCGCUUCUCCGAGCUACAAGACGCGCCAGAUGUGGCAAAUGCAAGAAGCAGCUUUCGAGGACGCUUUGGGCUUCUCUUCCGCGCGCGUCUUUCAUUGACGGGGGAGCGCGCGUCCCGUUUGAGAGCAUCAUGACCGAAGCCCCUCACCUCCGCUGCACGGCGAGGACGACGACGGCAACAUAAUGGCCAUUAGGAGCGCUUGCUGCUGCGGUCCAAUUAACGAAGAUAAUGCGAGAUUCCUGCUGCUGGCCUUGUUUAUCGUCCUCUAUAUGCUGUGCGGAGCGGCCGUUUUCUCCGCCCUGGAGCAGCCCAAGGAGCGGGAGGCCAAGGAGCGAUGGGCGCAGAGGUUCGAGCUCUUCAGGCAGACUUACAAUCUGAGUAAGAAGGAGCUCAACGGUUUCCUCGAGAACUACGAGGAAGCCAACGCGGCGGGGAUUCGAGUGGACAACAUCAGACCACGAUGGGACUUCACUGGGGCUUUCUACUUUGUGGGAACUGUGGUUUCCACCAUUGGCUUUGGGAUGACCACACCGGCCACAAUCGGAGGCAAAGUCUUCCUGAUGUUCUACGGCCUUCUCGGAUGCGCGGCCACCAUCCUCUUCUUCAACCUCUUCCUGGAGCGGGUCAUCACCGUUAUCGCCGUCGUCCUCAAGUCCUGCCACGAGCACCGCCAUAACAAGGGGGAGGCGGGCCCCCAAAACGGUCGGGGGAUCCGCGCAAACUUAAGCGGGAAAGGGGAGGAUCUGGCCGGCUGGAAGCCUUCGGUCUACUGCGUCAUGUUCAUCCUCGGAGCGGCCGCCAUUUUGGUGUCUUGCUGCGCUUCGCUCAUGUACUCCGCAGUCGAGGGCUGGGGCUACCUGGACUCGCUCUACUUCUGCUUCGUGGCCUUCAGCACCAUUGGCUUUGGAGAUAUGGUGAGCAGUCAGCGGCUCGUCUACGAGGGCAACGCCACGGCAGCGUACCAGCUGGGAAACUUCUUGUUCAUCCUGACGGGCGUCUGCUGCAUCUACUCCCUCUUCAACGUCAUCUCCAUUGUCAUCAAGCAGGUCCUCAACUGGCUGCUGAGGAGACUUGAAAACCCCUGCCGAUGUUGUUACUCCAGAAAGGGUCGCCAGGCGCGCCGGCACCCCCGUCGCAACGUGGUCGCCCCGGGCCACUUGCGAGCCCGCGGCGAACCUUCCAUAGAGACAGAUGCCAUCAAUGAGAGCGAGACGGAAGCCGGGCGCAGGAUGUCUGGAGAGAUGAUCUCCAUGAGAGACUUUCUCGCGGCAAAUAAGGUCAACUUGGCAAUCAUGCAGAAGCAGCUUUCCGAGAUGGCGCUAGGACACCCGCGCCAACCCGGCUCCACUUCACAUCACAACGGCUUCUCCGGAGGAGUGGGGGCCCUUGGCAUCAUGAACAACCGACUGGCGGAAACGAGCGCGGACAGAUAGGGAGGAAUCAAGUCGAUCCAGUGCAGACGAAACAGCGUGAGGAUGAAAAUAAAAAUAAAAAAACUCUGCUUCCUCGGAGAGUUGAAUACUGUGUAUUUCCCGUUCAAAUGUCUAGACUCAAACAAUAUGAAUGAUGCAUGAUCCUUUGCUGGAAUCUGGGCCAUGUUCACUGUGUUGCCAUGUUCGUCCCUUGAGGAAUUCAGUUUUCAUGGCGAUAUAGAAGCCCGCCAUGUUCCCUUGCAACUCAGCUUUAAGAGUCUUAUGCCAUAGGUGACUGUGGCCGACUUCCACUGCGCUUAAGUACGUUACAGUACACGCACUGUACGGUAUCUCAUAUCCAUUGCUGGGUACACUGUGUCACAACGAUGGGGCGGAAACUGGCUUCAAUA